ACAGUCGUUAAAUUGAUUUGCAUCACUUCGCACCGUCGACAUUGCAACCAUUUGACUUCAAAGUGACAUUAUAUCUGUUAUUUUUCUGAAGUGACCACGUACAUUUUUUCUGCAAUCGUCUUUGAUUUUCAGGCGUAAUGUACCUUAAGCUAAUUUGUUUAUUUAUGGCAUAUCAUGCCGUUAUGGGCACCGAGUUUGCAUUUGAUUUGGCAAAAAGUGCCGUUGAAUGUUUUUACGAAGAAAUCAAUGAAAAUACACCAUGUAUAUUAGAAUUUCAAGUUUUGAAAGGUGGUGCACUUGAUGUUGAUGUGAUUAUUCAAGCCCCCUCCAAACUACUCAUCUACAAAGAGUUAAGAAAGGAACAUGAUCGAUUUAAAUUUAAUACAACGGAAAGUGGUGUGCAUCGAAUUUGUUUCAACAACGAAUUUUCGACAUUCACCGAAAAAUCAAUAUUCGUUUCAUUCGAAGCUGGAAGAUUGAAUCGCCUGUUGCACUCAGUUGAAGAAGAUACCGAAGAGGUGACAUUUAUGAAUGAAACUGCACAAAGUAUUCAUAUACAUUUACAAGUUGCUUCAAUUCUUCAAACCGAUUAUCGUCGUCUUGAGAGUAAAGGACGUCAUUUUGCGGAAGAUUUGAAUGGUCGAGUUUUAACGUGGUCAUUAGUGCAGACAAUUAUCAUAAUAGUCAUCGGCCUAUCACAAGUUAUAAUUCUGCGAACAUUUUUCAAUGAUCCAAAACCAAAGACAUCAAUUAGUUUAUCACAUCACACUCAGGUCUAUGGUUAAUCACAAAAUAUGAUUUUUUAUUAAAUUUGAAUGACCGCUCACGUCUGUGGACACCAAAUUUGCCCAUUUUAAUCUGUUGCCUUACUCAUUAAAUUUAAACAUUUUAUAUCAUAAUCUAAAAAUGAUAAAAUAAAAAAAAUGUACAGAUUUCCUAA